CCUAAAUGGACAGUUUUUUCUCCAUUUUCUCCUUUUUCUUAGUUUACUAUACUCUCCCUCAUUAUAUUAUUAUAUAGAAUGUAAUGUAAUGAUUAGCCAAAUAUAAGCACCAACUCAUCAUUACCUUUUAUAACAUGGUUAAAUCUUAGCCCACCCCCUUCCCUAAUAAUUCCUCAAAUUAAAUACAAUAAAUCUCUCUCUCCUCUCUUUCUCUCUCUCGAAGGGGCAUUCUCUUACAACAUACUCAUUUUAUAAAACCCUACCCCUUCAUCUCCUCACUCUCUCUCCCCCUCAUUUCUCUAUCUCUCUCUCUCUCUUCUGGGAGGGGAAGAAAAAGCAUACACCCCCUCGUGUCAGUCAGUAGAAACAAGUCAUACUGGAUUACUACCUUCCAACUUCAGUCUCCCCAAAAUAAUCCAUAACAAAAUAGAAAGACAAAAAAAAUAGAAAAAACAGAAAACACCAUGGACACAUACGAGGCUACUCAAGUAGUGAUGUCAAGGAUCCAAAGCUUGGAUCCGGAAAGCGCCUCGAAAAUCAUGGGUUACAUACUGAUUCAGGAUCAGGGCGAGAAGGAGAUCAUACGCUUAGCAUUCGUUCCCGAUUCCAUUCUGCUCUCCUACAUCAACCAAGCAAAGGCCUGUUUGGGAAUAACCCCUUCUUCAAAGCCUUUCUCCUCUCCCAGAAUCUUGAUUCCCAACAAUGGCUUCCACUUCAGCAACCCCUCUCCCUCGCGCAGCAGCCCCACCCCGACCCUCAGCCCCAGCCCUAGCCCUAGCCCGAGGCCCUUCUCCUACGCUGCUGCUCUCAACGGCUCUACCGCCAACGCUAACUCACCCGCGUCAAGCUUCAAUUUUUACGGCGCCGGCGGGGCCGAGUUGCCGUUUCUCGACGACUCGGCGGUGGAUCCCGUGAUGAGCCCCAGCGGGAGGAGUGAUUCUCUGCUCUUCCCUUACGGUGAGGAGCCCAGCCCCCACCCGUUUCACCGGCGGAGCAGCUCGGUCAAUGAUGCGGCGUUUCUGGCUAAUAUGGAGGAGGGCGGCGGCUUUGGCUGGCGCCCCUGCAUGUACUUCGCCAGGGGCUUCUGCAAGAACGGGACCUCUUGCAAGUUCUUGCACGGCGGCGACGGCGACGCGGCGGCGCCGGAGGUGGGGUCUCCGGGGAAGGGGUUUGACGAUUUGCUGAGGAUGAAGGCGCUUCAACAGCACAGGUUUGCGCUCAUGGCGUCUUCUCCGCGGGGGCAGCAGCAUUUUUCUUACAAUAAAUGCAUGGACUUUCUCAAUGACAACCCCAGGAAUGAGUUUUCGGGUAUGGGAUUGGGGGCUGCUGCAACUUCGAGCUCUCGACAAAUUUACCUCACAUUCCCAGCCGACAGUACUUUCAAGGAAGAAGAUGUUUCGAGCUAUUUCAGUAUGUUUGGACCCGUUCAAGAUGUUAGGAUUCCAUUUCAGCAGAAGCGUAUGUUUGGGUUUGUGACGUUCGUGUACCCGGAGACCGUGAAGCUCAUCUUGGCCAAAGGGAAUCCUCACUUUGUGUGCGACUCUCGUGUGCUCGUCAAGCCUUACAAGGAGAAGGGCAAAGUUGCUGACAAGAAACAACAGCAGCAACACCACUUGGAUUUGAGCUCCUCCGUGAUUGAGUCUAGGGAAAACAUCGAUCUCCCGUUUGGAUCUAGAAUGUUGUUCAAUACACAAGAGAUGAUGCUGAGGAGAAAAUUGGAGCAGGAAGCGGAGAUACAGCACGCCAUUGAACUUCAAGGAAGAAGGAUCAUGAAUUUGCAUCUCAUGGACCUCAAAAACCAGCAUCAUAAUCAUCACCUCCUGCAAGGCUUUAGAGCCGGAAUUCCCAUGUCCUCGCCUCGCCAAUCGCAGUUUCUCAUGAAUCAAAACUUCAUUCCUUCCCCCGAGGGCUCGAAUCAAGAAAACACUGAAGAGUUUGAUGGUUGGCAAGAGCCAGCAAAAUCUCCUAACUUGGUGCCGGAAGGAAGUGAAUUCUCUAACAACAUUGUUGGCUGCGAUAAGCAGAUCAAAGUCAACGGUGAUGAUUCAAACAUCGCCCAAAGUUUCGACCACAUCCUUCCCGAUAAUCUCUUUGCGUCUCCAACAAAGUUAGCCGGUGAACACCGGUCUGUUUUCUCGGAAGCUUCAGCUUCUACUGAUGAUAGUAUACCUAUAACAAUCACUUCUUCCUCCAAGAACAUUCCCACCAUGGCUUCUCUCAAAUCAUGUUACGUCGAAAUACCGAGGUUUUCUUCCGGGCAAGAAGCCAUUGAAAUGUAGGUUGUUAGAUCUGAGUAUGGAUAGCAAGCAGGAAUUAACUUAUCUAGAAAAAGUUUGAAUAGCAAUAGAGAGCACAUAUAGAUGAUGAAGUGAAAAGUUCGUCGUGUAGCUGUGUAUAGCGAAAGCAAAACAAUACCCCUCCAUCAACAAAAAGAAAAAAAACCUCAAAUACAUAAUGGCACUACUACUAAAGUGAUAUGAUUCAAUGGGAGUAGGGUCUUUUCUUUCUCUCACUGCCCAACAUUUUGUACCCUCUCUCUCUAUGCUUUGUAUAAGGGACCACAUUAUUUAACAAUAGGCAUAUAACAAACAAAAGGUACCAGUGAUAUGAUAAUAUAUAAUACUAGUAUAUUUACAAAUA